AUGGACUAUGCACCACUCGAAACGCAAAGUCAUUAUCUUUUCCCAUCUUCGGGUUAUUCCCAUAUUGUCGUCAACAGCAACGGAGAUAUAAUGACAGAAUCACACCAAGAUGCUGUCGCGAGACAUUUGUGCGACACUAAUCAACCACUUCGGCCAGUCUUAACAUCUCUCAAUGGUGAUAAUAGCUGGUUGAUGUCUUUCCCAAGACCAAAUAUGGAACAGGCUGCAACUAGGAAGGCCUUCUACCAUGUUGCCUUCGAGCCUUGGCUCAGAGGGCCUGCAGAUGUUAUCAGCCCAUGGCUGGUCCACAUCGAAACAGUCAACAGCCCUGAGAUCUCGACUUUCGGAAGCCUAGAAAAUGUGAUCCGGAAGAUUGAACAGGCUGCUGCUGUACGCUUGCCAACUAUGGAAGAGGGACACGCCACUCAACAAAGUACUGCAAGUCUCUUGGAUGCUAUCCUGCUUGGUUUCCAUUAUUCCGACCAUUUGCACCCACCGACUUUAAAAUCGUUUCCUCCAGAUAUUCCCGUCAUUGCAACACGUCCAGGGGCUGAGAUAAUCGAGACCUGGAACCACUUCAAAACAGUUCGAGUGAUCAAUGACUUGGACCCCUCAGCAACAUCAUGGCAGAGCCCAGACCUUCAUCCAGGAGAGCCAUUGCCCAAAUGGCUUACACCGAUAUUCUUACCUGGAAGUAGCAUCCUGAACUUUGUCUUCACUAUCAUCUGGACACAUACUGUCGAUGGCCAAGAAGUCCACGAGGCCAUCUUGGACUCUCCUCACGGCAUCCACCUGGAAGAAGAGACAUUCAACGCAUUUGGCAACUCGGAGCCCAAGACGAGAAAGCUGGCCAUGCUUCAUGGCCUUAAGGAAAAUCACACCGGUGGUAGCAUGACUACAUUCGGAGCAAAAGGCGGGCUGGGGCUUUAUCGAAAGCUUGGGGGCGUUGACCAUUGGGUGGUAAGUCACUCUGCAGAGAUGGCAUAUAGUGGGUUGAUCAUGAGGGUGCUAUGGACAGUUGACACCCAUAGGUCGAUCGAGUGGGCACUGGAGAAGGAACAGGAGACUGAUCCCGACUCUGACAAAUAUAAAAGACCUAAUGUGGUCACGGUUCCUAAUGAGUAG